AUGGCGGACGAGCAGAACAUCCCCGAGCGGCCGAAGGAGGCUGGCGAACAAGCAGCAGAAGGCGGCGAGAAGAAAGGGCCCAGCAAGAACGAGCUGAAGAAGAUGCAGAAGGAGCAAGAAAAGGCCGAGAAGGCGGCAAAGCGCGCAGCAGAAGAGGAGGCCAAGAAGAAGGCGGAUGAGGCCAGCGAUGUGAGCAAGGAGGACUACGGACAGCUGCCAUAUGUGCGAGAAAGUGCUGGCGUGACACACGAAACACUGUCAGAGCUGGCAGAGCAGUAUGGCGGGCAGGAGUUUGCGGAGGACAAGAGACCCAACGUCGUCUUCAGAGCAACUGUCGCCAAUGCACGCAACCAGAGCGCCAAGCUGUCCUUCCUCAACUUCAAGCAGCACCCCAACAGAAUCUCCGACACGAUCCAGGCAGUGGUAGCCGCCAGCGACACACUGAGCCGACAGAUGGUCAAGUUUGCCGGCAACAUUCCCACCGAGAGCAAGGUCAUCGUACAUGGAGUCCUCAACACACCAAAGGAGCCCAUCAAGAGCGCGAGUAUACAGAACAUGGAGGUCCAUAUCAGGAAGAUCUACACCCUGGGCAAGGUCGACAAUCAGCUGCCACUCCAGGUCGCCGAUGCUGAGCGUGCGAUACCAGCAGAGGGCGAGGAGAACGCUACUAGCGAAGAUGGCAGGCCAGUCGUGUCACUCAACACACGUCUCACCAACCGAACCAUCGAUCUCAAGUCGAACCUCAACCACGCCAUCUUCGGCAUCAAGGAAGGUGUCCAGGAUCUCUUCCGCGAAUUUCUGAAGGCGCGCAAGUUCCGCGUCAUCAACACACCCAAACUCCUCGGAGCAGCGACAGAAGGUGGUGCCAACGUCUUCGAGAGCACCUACUUCGACAAGAAGGCCUACCUCGCACAAUCACCCCAGCUGUACAAGCAAAUGAUGAUCGCCGCCGACUUUGAGCGUGUCAUGGAGAUCGGUAGCGUCUUCCGCGCCGAGAACAGCAACACCGCUCGCCACUUGACCGAGUUUAUUGGCCUCGAUCUGGAAAUGGCAUUCGAGGAGAACUACCACGAAGUCGUCUCGUUACUGGAGGAGCUUAUGCUCUACAUCUUCAACGGCCUUAAGACGCAAUACAAGAAGGAGACUGACCUCGUUCGCGCAGUCUACGCCGUGGAAGAUUUCAAGCUACCUGAAGCAGGCAAGGUCCCACGCCUCGAUUUCGCCGAAGGUAUCAAGAUGCUCCGCGAUGCUGGCGUGGAGGUCAACGACUUUGACGACCUUAGCACACCUGAUGAGAAGAAGCUCGGUGCCCUCGUGCUUGAAAAGUACGGCUCCGACUUCUACGUCCUCGACAAGUUCCCGCUCGCCGUCCGACCAUUCUACACCAUGCCCUCAAAAGAGACGAUGGCCAACCACGACGAGAAGAACCCCAACGCAGGCUACUCCAACUCCUACGACUUCUUCAUGCGUGGUCAGGAGAUCAUGUCUGGUGCCCAGCGUAUCCACGAUGCAACAUACCUCGAGAAGCGAAUGCGCGAGCACGUCACACCGGUCGACCCGAAAGCACCUGGCUUGAAGGACUACGUCGACUGCUUCCGAUAUGGAUGCCCGCCCCAUGCUGGUGGUGGCAUUGGUCUGGAGCGUAUUGUCAUGCUGUGGUUGGGUUUGCCCAAUGUGCGGUUAGCGAGCUUGUUCCCUCGUGACCCUGGUAGGCUGAUGCCUUAG